AUGUCCGGCUCUGUUGUCCUGUUUGCGUUCCUUCUUUUCUUUGGAGCUGCUUUCGCAGGCGAUGACUCCAAAGUUCUUGUCCUCAGUGAAAGUAAUUUUGACGAAACAAUCAAAGCACACAAAUUUAUUCUCGUUGAGUUUUAUGCCCCAUGGUGUACUCACUGUCAGAGACUCGAACCGGAGUACAAUAGAGCCUCUCUAAUUCUUGAAGAGGAGAAUUCUGAAAUUAAGUUGGCGAAAGUUGACGCGACGAAGGAAACUGAUCUCGCUUCCAAAUACGAGGUCCGGGGCUAUCCCACGAUCAAGUUAUUCAAGGAAGGGAGUCCUGUUGAUUUUAAUGGUGAACACACUGCAGAAGGCAUUGUCAACUGGCUUAAAAAGAAGACUGGUCCCGCUGUCAUCACAGUUGAAAGUGUUGAGGAAUACGAAGACAUCAUAGACAAAAAUAAAUUCGUUGUUGUCGGUAUUGCCAAGGACGUAGAUUCAGAUGAAUGGAAAGUCCUCCAUGAUGUAGCAUCUAACUCGGAUGAGGUAUUUAUACGUCCUACAGCUCAGAGUGUCCUUGACAUGUUUAACUACAAGGAUGGCUUGAAAAUUUUCGAUGAUCCCACCAUCGUAUAUGAUGGCAAAUUGACGGUUGAGGAGUUAAGCAAGUUUAUAAAAACUGAAAAGGUCCCACUGGUUACUGAGUUUAACGAAGAGACAUCUGUUAUUAUUUUUGGAAGCGACAUCAAAAGACACAUUCUUGUUUUCAUGAGUAAGAGCUAUGACGGCUAUAAAGCGUACAUGGAUGUCCUGAAGAAGAUUGGCGUUGAAUUCCGCGGUCGUGCCCACGUUGUUCUGAUCAAUACCGAGGAGGAAAGUCACGAACGCAUUCUCGACUUCCUUGGCGUCAAGAAGGAGGAAUGUCCUACUUAUCGCGUAAUUGAACUUGAUGAAUCUGUUGUGAAGUUCAAACCUGAGGUUGCUGAGUUUACUUUCGAAUCCAUCAAAAGAUUUGUUGAUAAUGCCAUCGACCGGAAGAUACCACCAUACCUCCAGUCCCAAGAUGUUCCUGCUGAUUGGGAUGCUGAGCCCGUUAAGGUGCUUGUCGGCAAGAAUUUUGACUCGGUUGCACGCGAUAGGUCAAAGGCUGUUUUCGUCGAGUUCUACGCUCCCUGGUGUGGUCAUUGCAAUCGGCUAAAGCCUAUUUGGGAUGAGCUUGGAGAGGCCUACAAGGACCACCCAGAAGUCAUCAUUGCCAAAAUGGACGCCACUGCAAACGAAUUGAGUGAAAUUAAGAUUAGCAGCUUCCCUACUAUUAAGCUUAUCCCGAGGAAUAGCGACGAGGUUCUUGAGUAUAACGGAGAACGGACGGUUGAAGCAUUUAAAGCCUUCAUUGAAAAAGAGGGUGGACUGACAAAAUCCACAGACGAAAAGGUGAAAGAAGAAUUGUAG